AUGCAGGCUGACACUUCCGCCGCAGCGAAAGGUGUGCCAGCUCCCGACAACAUGCUGUACGCUUUCGUCGUAAGCCGCCACGGCCAGCGUACGCCCAUCAUGUGCUGCAAGAUGCUGCCCAAGAACGUUCCCGAAGACCACGGCCAGCUCACCAGGGAGGGCCACGAGCAGACGUUCAAGCUGGGCCUGUUUCUGCGAGUCCGCUACAAGAGAUUCCUGGUGGCCGACGAGCCCGACCAGUUGCUGGCCACGCACGUGCGCCUGCAGCGUUGUCGGGAGAGCCUGAGCGAGACCGUACGGGGUCUUAACUUUCCCACGUCGACGCCGCUCGAGCUCGAUCCGACGCGCUACGACCUGCUCUUCCAGGCGAGCCUCAUCGAGAACAUCGACUUGGUGCUGCAGGCGCCCGUCGCGCCUCCCGGUCAGAGUGACUUCCCGUGCAUCGGAGAUCUGCUCGCUUUCAUCGCGGAGAAGACCGGUGCCCCCACGCGCGAGAAGCGGCAGAAGUUUCUCGUCAUGGACAGCCUGCUGACGUACGUGGCCGUCGGCAACCCAAUCCCCGCAUGGGCGCACCCGAUCUGGAACGUCUUGAUCGCCACAGAUCACAGGAUGUUCGGAUUGGCGCUUACGGGAAACGAGCUCUGGUACGCUGAGAACGUGCUUGGCGAAGUCGUGGAGACGCUCUCCCAGAAGUUCGAGAAAGGAAUCGAGCGUCCAGACAGGUUGCACGUCUUCUCAAUGUCUGACUCGAGCGUGUACUCGAUCCUCAAGCUGCUCGACACGUCGUACGACGACCACCCUUGCUUCUGUGCCAGCGUCAUCUUCGAGGUCUUCGAGGACGCCUCGAAAGUAAAGCGCGUCCAGGUUCUUCUCUCCACGAAGACCGACGAGGACCCGCAGUUGGUGGCGACGGAUAAACUGAAGAACCCGUGCGAGCUCAAGGAGUUCCUCGACUUUGUUCGCGGCAUCCUGAAGUCUUAA